AUGACGCCAAUGCCGGCUGUGAGAACGAGUGUGGGGCUACGCUGCUUGACAUCAUAUGCAACGGGGAGAGCAUAUCAGGAGAGCGUGUGGUUGAUGACACAGGAGGCGACUGUGCAAGUUUUGUGCUGUGGCAUAACAUGGCUACAAUGUCAAACCUCCUUCUUCCACGACAACGUGGUCGUAAUGGAGAUCAAUAAUCUUCUGGCCGGAUGGCCCACUUACACAAUCAACUUCACACACGAGCAUCCAGGACCAUUGAAGCUCAUUUUAUGCUUGAAGAACGCGUCAAAUUUUCGCUCAACUGAAGAUGACGAUAGCGCAGAUGAGGCAGGGGGAAUGGGGAAAGUCAACACACCACCAGCCAUCAAGGAAGACCCAGAUGUUACCAUGGUCUGUGAGGCCACCUCAAAGGAUGCACCGCAAUGUGUCAGUGUGCAACCUGUGCAACUACAUGGCAGAUUUAAGGAUGCUCCUUCAAUUGUCACCUUAUGGGAGAAGUUUGAGCGGGACAAUGAUUAUAUGUGGCCCCCUCAUUGUGGCUUCAGAAACAUAACCACCAAAGAACCACUCAAACAUGUUGACACAUUCAUGACGCUACCCGCUGCUGUAGAAGCAUUAAAGUGA